AUGGAUGUUUUAGUGAUAGUGAUAUUAUUAACGGCAUUCCUGAUCAUAGCGUUAGCGAUCGUCGUCAAUGAACGUGUCGUGACCGCACAAAAUGUCAUUAGCCUGGAUCAAAUGGCCGUUGAAACGAAAAACAAAGCAAUGACUAUUGUAGAGGGUCCAAAAAUUGAGAAACCAUCGCAACCGCACCAACCGCAGAAAGUGAACCAAACCAAUAGUCCCGAAUUAAGACCGCCGAGUAAACCACCAAUCCUUCACACUAAUGACAAGAAACUAUACUUCGAUAUUCCUCAGCACUACUAUAAUUCCGGAAAAAAAAUCGUGGCGCCUCCUGUACAUUUGUACACAAAAGAACCACUUAAACUUUCAAACUCAGUUUACAAAUAUCAGAAUAUGAUUCCAAUGCAGCGAGGUAAUCUAUAUUAUAACAAGCCGAUGCGACAACCACCUAUAUUUGCUGCAUCUAAUGGAAAUCCAUCGAUAGUAGCCAGCCCGAAAUUUAGUUUACCAGUGCAAACUAUCAACGGUAUUCGGACAGAUUUUGUGAAACCACCAAAAAUAUCAAUUUUAACAAUAUCGACUACAACAACAACUGAAACUCCUACAACUACGAGAGUUUUACGAACAAAACGAAUAUGGCCGAAGAGAAUAUUAGAGAAAAUGAAUUCAACAUCUCAAAACCUAACAAUCACUUCAGAAACAAAGAUCACGAAUGUUACAAAUACCACUGAUUUGACUCCAUCUUCAAGUCGCCUCCGCUUGAGGUUUGCUACGACGGAAAAGUCAACUUUAUCUACCACUCCCGAAUCCACUACACGUGGUUAUCGCAGAGUGACUAGGGCACCGAAAAUUAAAUCUACUACUACUCCUUACGAUCCUAUCCGACCAAAUGACUGGGUCCCAAUAGUACCUAUACCUUCUCAUUAUGUUAAAGUAAGAAAAACUCGACAAACACCCAUCAAUAAACGAUCAGAUAUUAUGAUACAACCACUUGGAUUUUUUCCAUUGGAUCAAUCUAUACGAGGUGCCCCAGCUGUAGGUGGUAGAAAGAGAAUGAUAUUUUUUCGUAAACGAAAACGACAAAUGAAUCCGUACUUAACACAAGAUAAUGAUCCUAAGUUAGUUUACUCACAACCCCAAAUUGGUUACGAGGACUUACAGCCGGAAGCAAGUCAAAGCCAGCCUAAGCUUGUCACUAAGAUUAAGCAUCAUCACCAUCACCAUCACCACCGAUAUAUCAAAACUGUGGAGAAACCCGUCAAGGUACCGUAUAAAGUCGAGGUUGAAGUGCCGAAACCAUAUCCCGUAGAAAAGAAGGUUCCAGUGCCAGUGCCUGUGGAAAAAGUCAAAGUUGUCGAUAGGCCUUAUCCUAUCCCAGUAGAAAAGCGAAUUCCCUAUCCUGUAGCUGUCAAAGUCCCACAGCCAGUUCCUGUAAAAGUUGUUGAGAAAGAAUACGUUCCUAAACCAUAUCCAAUAAUUCAUCAUGUUCCGAUUGUAAAACAUGUAGAAAUUAAGGUACCGCAACCGCAUCCAGUGGAAGUAGAAAAAAAGGUUCCCUAUCCGGUACAAGUACCAGUUACGGUCGAGAAACGAGUUCCUGUACCUUAUCAAGUAGAAAAAAGAGUCCCAUAUCCGGUACCCGUCAGAGUACUCGUACCGCAACCCUACCCCGUCGAGAGGAAAGUUCCCUACCCAGUAGAAGUAAAAGUGAAGGAGCCUGUAGAGGUUAUUAAGCAUGUGCAUGUUAGAGUGCCUUACCCGCAACCAUAUCCCGUAAAAGUACCACAUCCAGUUCCCAUUACAGUCGAGAAAAAAGUUCCCUAUCCUGUCCAAGUAGAAAAGAAAAUUCCUGUUCCUGUAGAAAUAAUAGUUCCACGAAAAAUAGAAGUCGAAAGAAGAGUCCCAGUUUACAUUCCAAGACCUUAUCCUGUAGAGAAGAGAGUGCCGUAUCCCGUAAAAGUUCCAUAUCCGGUUAGAGUACCCGUUAAAGUGCCAGUCCGUGUGCCUGUAGAAGUGCCUGUGUAUAUCCACCAUCCUUUUCAGAUCAUAAAUGACGACGACGUUGGUGCUGCUGGAAAUCAAUACUAUGCUGAUCGAGGACGAGAAAACCAUUACUAUACGGUCGAAGGUAACCAACAUUCCCGCUCGGGCAAAGACCAAGUUACGAGUGCGGCGCCGUAUGGCUUCAUAUCGCGGUCUGAUAGUGAAUCUACAACGGCAAAAACAAAAAAGGAUAAUUCAAGUCAAAACACG